CAUUGAAAACGAGGUUCAAAAACAGUAAUGGCGUUUCAUAUUGGCAAGAGAUGUGAGUUUUCGGGCCACUAUGGAACAAUUAGAUAUUUCGGCGAAGUUGCAUCAACUUCAGGUGACUGGUUUGGAGUUGAAUGGGAUGAAAAGAGGGGGAAACACAAUGGAACUCAUGAAAAUAAGCAUUAUUUUAAAUGCAAAGAUGGGCACGGAUCGUUUUUAAGGCCAAAUAAGAUAAACUUUGGAAUCACUUUGAAGGAAGCAAUUAAAAGACGAUACGCUGAUCAUCCAGAGGAAGUAACUCAAGAUGAUAUGUAUGUUUUCGGCAGUGGAACACAAAAGACCUUAGUUGAAGUCAUAGGCUUUGAUAAAGUACAUGAAAAAUUGAGACAAGUUGCAAAAUUAAAAAAAGUCUCUUUGGUUGGAAUGUCUAUUAAAGAGGAUGAUGCUGAAAUUGAUAGCAAGUUGCAUAAAAUUGCACCAAAUGUCCAAGAGUUGGAUAUUGCAGGGAAUUUGUUUAAUAGUUGGUCUCAGGUUGUUGAUAUAAUACAGAAAAUGAAAAAUUUGGUAGAAUUGAAUAUAAGUGAAAACAAAAUAUCAGUAGAUGCAUUUCUUGAGGAUGCUCAUCCCAGAUCUCUCACCUUGAAGGUUUUAUUCGCCAAUAGAAUAAACAUAACUAGUGAUCAGAUAGUUGAUCUACUUGAUUUUGUUCCAAAUUUAUCAGAACUCCAUGCCUGCUUCAAUGGAAUUCAAAGUAUAACAAACAGGCAGACUGCUCAGCUUCAUUCCCUACGACUCCUGAACCUUGAAGGCAAUAAACUGGAAUGGAAUGAAGUUAUGAAGCUUUCAUCAUUGAAGAGCUUGGAAACUCUUAUUUUGAACAAUAAUAGAAUAUCCAAAAUUUAUCUCUCCACACAAGAUGAAAACAUGGGUUUUAAGGCUCUUGCUUCGAUUUCUAUAAGUGGUAAUGAAGUGUCUGAGUGGACGUCAGUCAACAAGCUUGCCCUUCUGCCCACUUUGUCUAAAGUGAAGUUCAAAUUGAAUCCACUUUGUAAAGGAAAAACGACCUUUGAUCUUAGACAAGAGUUGAUCGCACGACUAGGGCGUGUGGUUGUUGUGAACGGUGGCGAGGUGACAACAAGAGAACGCAAUGAAUGUGAAUUACUUUACAUGAAAAAAUAUUGCCAGCUUUGGCUUGAAUGUGGUGGAAUCGAUAACGAUUUGAAUGGUGAAAAGCUUUCUCAGCAAUUCCAAGAGCUGCAUCCCAGGUUCCUGGAACUGAUUCGCUGCCACGGUCCUCCUGUUUUGUCGGUUCAAAAAGGAAAAACCCUCAAGGACAAACUGAUCAUAUUGCAAUUCAAGUGUCCAGAUUUGGAUGAAAACAAAAUCAUUGAGAAAAAAGUGCCAAUUACAAUGACAUUGCAACAGUUAAAGAGCUUGCUGCAGAGACUGUUCAAAAUACAAGCCUCUAAACAGCAAGUUUCAUAUCUGGAUUCCAAGACACAUAAAGAGGUGAAGAUGGAUGACAAUCUUCGUGACCUUGAGUUUUAUUCAAUAACAAAGAAUGAUAUUGUCCUUGUUCGAUCAUAAUUUAUGGAUUGCAAGGUUCGAGUAUUCUUAUAUGUCUUUAAGUAUAAUAAAACAUUGUUUGAAAGGGAUGCUUCUCUAGAAAUAUUAUGUAUUGCACCAAGACUUUCUGCAUCAUGUAUGUAGCAUUUUUGCAUUUAGCAGACUAUAAAAUGUAGCAAGACAGUUGUAAAUUUGGUAGAUCCAAUCGAAACAUUUCUUUA